AUGGUACAUGGGCACAGCUUCCAUCACGUUGUUGCAAGUCUUCUCAUACUUGGGUUGUCUGGGGCAACAAGGAAGGAUACAGCAGUGAAAAACAAUUCUGGAGUGAAGCCCGCAGGUCAGUGUGGAACGUGGGUGAAGGAACCAGAAGGAGGGCUCUUCACUUCUCCCAAUUACCCAAACAAAUACCCCCCAGACACAGAGUGUGUUUACAUCCUUGAAGCCCCCCCAAGGCAGUGUAUCGAUCUGCACUUUGAGGAGAAUUAUUCCAUCGAGUCCUCUUGGGAAUGUAAAUUUGACAACAUCGAGGUUCGGGAUGGACCGUUUGGCUUCUCCCCAAUGCUCGGACGCUACUGCGGUCAGCACAGCCCGCCCGAUAUCAGGAGUAGCGGCCGAUAUCUGUGGAUAAAAUUUGUUACAGAUGGUGAACUGGAAGCUGUGGGAUUUUCAGCAAGUUACAACUUCACUGCAGAUCCGGACUUUGCAGACUUGGGAGUACCCCCUCCUCUGCCCUCCUGUCAGUAUGACAUGGUUGGACCAGAAGGUAUCGUCGAGUCGCAUCAGAUCACCAGAGACGGGAAGGCUGGCGCCGCCGAGGCCGUCGACUGCAAAUGGUACAUCCGUGCUCCGCCGCGCUCCAAGAUCUACCUGCGUUUCCUCGACUAUGAGAUGGCCAAUUCCAAUGAAUGCAAGCGCAACUUUGUGGCGGUGUAUGAUGGCGGCAGUUCGGUGGAGGACCUGAAGAGCAAGUUCUGCUCCACGGUGGCCAACGACAUCAUGCUGGUGUCCACUCUGGGCGUCAUCCGCAUGUGGGCGGACGAGGCCAGCCGCAAAAGCCGCUUCCGCAUCCUCUUCACAACCUACCAAGAGCCUCCAUGUGAUGCAGAUGCCUUCUUCUGUCACAGCAACAUGUGCAUAAACAACACGCUGGUGUGCAAUGGCAUGCAGAACUGUGUCUACCCCUGGGAUGAGAACCAGUGCAAAGAGAAGAGGAAAGCAAACAUCCUAGACAACCUGAACAACACAAACGGGACCAUAAUUGGUGUCACCUGUUGCAUCGUCCUCAUCCUCCUCAUCGUCUCCGUCAUCGUCCAGAUCAAGCAGCCACGUAAAAAGUACAUCCUACGCCGUGAGGACUUUGACCCCACCAUGUUCCAAGAGGUCUUUGAGCCGCCUCACUAUGAGCUGUGUACUUUACGAAGCGCCACCACAGCCGCGGCAACCUCAGCAGACUUAGUCGACCUGGCGGAGGACUUUGAGAACUACCACGCCCUCCGCCGUGCCUCCUCGCGCUGCGUCCACGAUCACCACUGUGGCUCCUCCUCCAACCCCGGCUCCGCCCACAUAUCCCAGCUGUCGCUCAGUGGACGAGGAAGCCGCGGAAACUUGAGCGCUCGAGACGCGGCGGCCGCCACCCUGCUCACGGACCUUCCACAGCCGCCCAUGGCAGUGCGGCCCUUGCUGCCGGCCACCGGAAAUCGCAGGAGCAUCUUGGUCAUGAAGCACAGCUACUCGCAAGAGGCAGCGGACAAUGGAUGCGACCUGGACGACGACCUGGAAGAAGUUCCCACCACCAGCCACCGGCUUUCACGCCACGAAAAGGCAGUACAGCGACUUCUUGAGAAUAGUGCAAUCCUGGAUCAGUACGAACGGGCGUCACUGACAUAUGAAAAAGCGGAGCGGAGGUUUACACCAGCAUGA